CCUCCGUGUGCGGGCUCCGGCCUCACGCGCCCGGAGCGCGCCCACAUUUUCCUUCACCGCUAGUCCUGCCAGCCGGCUCCCGGGCUUCAGCCUGUGAAGGGGGAGAAGCAGCUAGCCGGCCGGCUCUCCUCCUCCUCCUCCUCUUCCCUGCUUGGUGCACGCCCACUGUGUGUGUGAGUGAGUGCACACACACAGACAGACAGACACACAUUUACAUACACACACGCGCGCACCACACACGCACACACACACACACAUGCACGCACGCGCGCGCUCGCGGGGCGGGGAAGCCUGCUUCUGCUAGGGGAGUCGAGCGGCGGCGGUCACUCCCAGGACUUCGCUCCGCUCCUCGGCUCUCCUUAGGCUCCGACUCCUGAGGGCGGCGCGCCCCAAGGCACGCAGGCGGCUCCCAGGCUUGCUCCCACCCACCGUCCCUCCCCUUCGGGGACAGAAUGAGGGGGCUUGCUCCGCUGACAGCUCGCCAGUGUUUCUGAAGCAAGAGGAGGACGAAGGGGAGAGCCGCACGCCCUCUCUCCUGCCUGUCCGCUGGGACCCGAGCUGAGAAGGAGCCAUGAAACCCGCUCCGUGGAGGAUCCUUCUCUCGUUGCUGCUGUGGCUCCUGCUGGAGUGUACAGAGGCCAAAAAACAUUGCUGGUAUUUUGAAGGAAUAUAUCCGACAUAUUAUAUAUGCCGUUCCUAUGAAGACUGCUGUGGGUCAAGAUGCUGUGUGCGGGCUCUGUCCAUACAGAGGCUCUGGUAUUUUUGGUUUCUACUGAUGAUGGGCGUUCUCUUCUGCUGUGGAGCUGGCUUCUUCAUCCGCAGGAGGAUGUACCCUCCACCACUAGUUGAAGAACCAACAUUUAAUGUGUCCUACACCAGGCAGCCCGCCAACUCAACAGCAGGAUCCCAGCAACCAAGCAUGCCAUAUUACACUGAUCCUGGAGGAGCUGUGAUGAACCCAAUGGCGAUGGCUUUCCACGUCCAGCCCAACUCACCCCAGGGCACCCCAGUUUAUCCACCCCCACCCUCCUACUGUAAUACGCCACCUCCCCCCUAUGAACAGGUGGUCAAGUCUGCCAAGUAGUGGUGAGGAAGGUCCUACGAUUGGAUGCUGUACCAUGGGGCAGUCACAGGGGGAGCUGAGGGAGGAGGCCUUGGCAUUCCUGCGAUACUCAUCCUUCUACCCUCCCUGUCCCCAUCAAUGUUAGUCAUAAGGAAUGAUCUUAUGGGCUGCCUGUGGGUCCAUUUUCCUUUGAUGUCUUCAAAGCAAGCACAACGCCCCUUCUGAGGGUUUUAUGGAGACCUCUUUUAAAGUCACAUUGUGUGUGUGUGUGUGUUUUCUGUUUAUUGUUUCUGUUUGUUUCCCAGACCUUGGAGGCACCCGGGCUGAGUGGUGGUGGUUGUUCUGGGGUCUCUCAGAACCACAGGAUGCUGUGGCUGGGCCCUGGAGGCAGCACCCCUGGGUGGUCUUCAGCAGACGGGGGAGGAGGAAACACAGACCUAAAGGGAAAGCAAGUCCAAGCAUAUGACACAUGGGAGGUCCUGGGAGGGAACAGAUCAUUCUUUCCUGGUUUUAAAGGCAGAGGAAACAGCUAAAGCGGGCGCCAGCAUUUCCAGGGCAAGCUUCAUUCUGCUGGACAGAAAGGUGCCCGGCCUCGGGAACACCCAGGUCCAGAUCAGCUCAGCCUCUGAAGGAUCCACCCACUGGCCGAGACAGGAAAGGUUUGGGGAUCACUUGCUGGCAAUGGCUCUCCUCUUUGGGCUUCUCCCUUUCUUGAAGUGCUGUCCAAGGUGUCCCUGCUUCUCUCUUGGGAGAAUCAGAAGAGGGAAAAGGAUAUCCAUCUGAAAAGGAGUCUCUGUAUCACUUCACCAGCUGCAUUAACAGACAAACGUUUCAUUCUAGAGUGGAAGGAGCCUCGAGGUCGCUGAGCCUCUAGGAGCUCGCGCUCCGUGUAAAGAUCAGAAAGCAAUGAACUGCCCUCUCACAGCCUACGUGCUCCAAAAAACAUUCUGGGAUUUGGGAAUUCCUAGAAACCGUCUCCGGCGCUCAGCCGCAGGCACAGUUGGGUGUUUUUCGAAAUCGGUGUCUGUCCCUUCACUUGGGGCAUCCUUAAACGACUGCUCCCACGUGAUGAUGGGCCUGUAGGUCUUCAGUACGAACUGCGGCUGCCUUCUCCAGACUGACUUUGCCCCCGUCUCCCGUGUCUCCCCUCCGCCACCCCAUCCCUCCCUAGACUCCAAGCUCCUCCUGGGAAGUAGCGCUAUUCCUGACCGGUGUUUGGGUAGAAAUUUAUCAACAGCUUCUAAAGGAGCGCUCUUGGGCUUAGUAAAGGGGAUUCUCUGAAACGGUAGGAAAUGGCCCAUCUGUUGUAUAAGAUCAUUUGUUCGUCCCAGUGAAUCUCCCCUCCCCCGCAAGAGCGAUCCUUUAUAACAAAGAAUAGAGGGAAGAUGAACUGUCUCCCUCGGCAGUAUUCCACAAGUAGAGUGCCCCGCGCUGUCAAGAAGCAGAUUCCAUGUCUUUAGAGAGCAAUCAAAUUCCCUGAGAAAAACCCCUUUACCCUGUAGUGGCUAACCCCAAGUGAACUCAAGUGAACUCCGAGGCCCAAGCAUUUGGGCCUCUUCCAUUCAUUCCAUGGGAGCCUGUGAUUCCUCCAUCACGCUUACUCAAAAACCACUCCGGCACCCAGGCCUAGAACACUUCCGGUUCAGAGGCCCGCCCAGAUCCAGAACACUUCCGGUUCAGAGGCCUGGGCGUGGACUGUUUGACAUCCCCGUCUCAGAGAGACAAUCUGGAAGUGCUGGCAGCAGGGUGAAUUUCACUCAGAGGCAAGGAAGGGGCUUCACGGGGUCUCACACCUGGUCCCUCGGGCUCUUGGCUCUGCUGAGGAGGAGAUGAGAGCCCCGAGAUCACAGAAAAGCACAAAAUCCCUAAAGAUUUUCCUUUCCCCGGUCCUAAAGUCGGCGUGAAGUCUGAGACAGCUCACAUGGGCUUUAAUUCAGUCUCAGGAUACACUUCCGCGAUGGGUCUCCCUGGCUAGUGAGAAUUCCCAUUCCAAGGCUCUCGUGGCCAAGUGCAGUCCGAGGGGACGAGGCCCUCCAACAAGACGUCUUUCUCUAGUUGAGCUGAUCCCUUCAUGCCAAAGGUGAGACACAGGCCGGGAUCGCCCUUCUCAUCUGCCGGCGACUUAUUUUUCCUUACAUUAUGGAAAAGAGCUUUCUGAACUUGCUGACCAGAGCAUGAGCAAACCAGCUUCUGAAGUGGGUUCUCUGUGUCCUAGCACAAUUAGCUUCCCAUCUCCCACUCUGCUUACAACAGGCCUUUGUAACCUUGCUUUUUGUCUCAUGGACUCCUCAAAAAUAAUGGUGUGAAAAACCACAGCUUAGGGAAAUGGCUCAGUAAAUUUCAGUUAGAAGCUAAUGAGAAUAAAUCUGUCAUUUCCCCCAUCUAGUUCACGCUGCCCCCCCCCCCCCUUAAGAAUCCUUGCUUUACAGGAAUUCUACAUGCACAAUUGUGUUAUGGGGGGGACCCAUCCUCUCUAAAAGGAAGUCCGCUUUUGGAAUCAAUAUUUUAGGUAAUUCUACUUGGAGAAAGACAUGCUGGGAGAAUCUGGGUUCAAAUCUGGCCUGAGUGACCCUGGGCAAAGAGAAGGAAACCCCAAUGGGUGGAGAUGAAAAAAGUGUCCUGCAAACUUGCUGCCAGGAACCAUGACCAAUCUGGGCUACUUCUUCAGGUUUCUAGACCCUAACCAAGAUGCCCCAGACUUGUAUCUCUGAGGUGAAGGACUAUAAAAGGUUCCCACCUAAGGAACAAAUCUUUGGGUCAAAAAAAAAAUCUACCUUUCUCCUGGUCACAUGGGCAAAUAUGCAUAAAUGCUUAGACAGGUGCCUAUUCAUAUUUAUAAACAAAGAAGCCAGUCAUCAGGCUGGCUCCAGAUCUGCAGUCCAGCUGAAUAGGAAUCAAAAACCCAGAUGGCCACCAGGGAAGCUUUUUUGGGGGGUGGGGGUGGGGGUGGCCAAGAGCCCUAAGAUAUUAGAAGAUUGGUGGUGGUCUACAGUUUUCUAUAUUACCAUAUAUGUACAAGAAAAAAUGUUUUCCCAGAAAUACGGGGUAGAACCCAGCUACAGUGAACUCUGAUGCUGUAUAGUGAAAUUCAACUUCUGGUGAAGUUUUCCUACAGUCCUUGUUUCAUCUGUUAAUGUCGGUGGAUUCUACCACCUCUUCAUCUUUUAACAGCGAGCUCAGACUCCUGGUGUGAAGUCGUCUAGUCCCUAUCUAGCGAUACAACAAAAUCCACAGGCGAAAUCCCAAAGUCCCUUGCAGAUUUUGUGCAUGCUUUUCCUCUGCAAAACUUUGAUGACUUCUGUUCCUUUUUUCUUUCUAUUUUUAGUAAAAAAAAUAACAAUAAAGUACCUUUUCACAGGG